AUGAUAAGAAUAAUAAUGGUUAAAGAUUAUCUACUUCAAUUCAUAAUUCAGUGUAAUUAUUAAAUUCAAUUUUAUAGAGAUUUGUAUAGAUAAAGUCAUGCUGCUACUUUUCAUAUAUCUAAUUAAAGAGAAAAAUCACUUUCUGUAUAGUCUUAAGAAUCAGAAGGUGAUUUAUAACAAACACAUAGAAGAGCAACUACAAAUUAUGUUGAUCCAUAAAAAAAUUAUAAGGCUUUCUAAUAAUUUUCAUAUAUCACUUAGAUCAUGAUGCCAGAUUAUGAAAAAAAUAUCAACACAAUUUCAGUAAUUGAGUAUUAUAGAUAUAAUUUAUUCUCAGAAGCAAAGCCUAUAAAAUCUAACUAGCAAAUUAAGAGGCUCAAAAAUAAUAGCAAAAUUUGAAUGAUGGUGAAGUUUGGAUUGAUUAUAAAUUUGAAAAUGUAAAAACUAUAUAUUAUCAUUCUAGCAUCCUAUUGAACUUAAAUAAGAUGUUACAAAUGUAUAAAAAUUAAGAUAAUUGGAAUUUUAUUAUUAUAAAAUUAGAUGUUAAGGUGAAGCAGUACCUUUAACUUUUACAAUGACCUAAACUGAAUCAACUAAAUUUAAGAUAUUUUUAUCUACAACCAAUCCAUUCCCAUCUAAAUUCUCUUGUGAAUAAAUUUUCUAAGUCAAAACUUGGAAAUAUAAAAGCAAAGACUAUAAAUUAUUUAGAUAAAAUUUUAUCUUUAUUUCCUUAGUUUGUGAUUUAGACACUACCAUCAAGAUUUAAUUAAACUUUGGAUCUACUAUGGGAAUUUAAACUAUUUCUAAAAGCCCUAUUCCUAAAUAACAAAUCAAAUCAGAUGUAAUUAUAUGUGACUUAACUGCAUCAUAAAUUGUGUAAAAAAGGAAAAAGCAAAUGCUUCAAUUAUCAAAAGGAAGAAAUUUAGUUUAGGAAAAUAUCUUAAAUGUAACAAUCUAGAAUGAUGAAUGUUACAAAUCUUAGAAAUAAUUAUACAAAACUUUACAGUAAAAAAAAUUUCAUGAAGUUUUGAAUAAGAAAAAACAAAUAGAAAUCAAUGCUUAAGGUUAAAGACAAAUUAAUUAUUUCUCAAAAGAAAUUACUCUUCUAAUGAAGAAAUUAAAAUAAUAAAAAGAUAUGGAUUAAAAUGGUUAUUUAAAAUCAGAGAUCUAAUUUGAAAUGUUAAGAUUAAUUUCAUAUUUAUAAUUGAUUAGUGUAAUACAUGAAAAGCUCAAACAUUAACAUAAAAUUAUUCUUCAUGUUUAAAUUAUAUAAAUUAAAAUGAAAACAAUCUAUUAUAGAGCUAAAAAAAAUAUAUGCAAAAUGAAAGGCCAUAAUAUAUUUGGAAGAGUCCAUCUAGAUGUUAAAUUGUAAAAUAUAAUUAUAUAAUUUAAGUUGCCUAUAAAUGUUUGCUAAAUAGAUAAAAAAGAAAGUUAGAAUCUAAAAUAUUAAUAUCAUUUAACCUAUAUUUCAUUAAAGAUCCUUAUUAUGGAAUUUUAAAUAAAAAAUACAUCAUACUACUAGAUAACUAUAAUUAAUAAAAGAGUCUAUUUAUAACUUUAUACUUAGAUAUAGAGUUUAUAGAUAGUUUUUAAAGUAAAUUUUUGAAAAACAUUAUGAUUUUAAUUGUUAACAAUUCAUAAUAAAUAAAGAUCUUAAAAUUUAAUAACAAUUUGAAAUUUGGCAUCAAAAUUCAAAAUAUAUUAUGUAUUUUUAAUUUAUCAGUAAAAAUUUUGUUAAUAUUUAUGGAAGAUAAAAAUUUAAUGAUUUUUUUUAAAAUAUGAGGAAAUAAAAAUAAAUCAGAAAAAAUGAAAGAAAAGGAUAAAUUUUAGCUUUUGUGACUAAAUAAUAAUAGAAUAUUUAAAUAAUUAAUUUUUUUAAAGUUCCCUUGUAAAAUGACUUUUAGGAAAUCAUGCCCAUUUUAUAUGAAUAAACAAAAUCUGGUGCAUCUUAAUAUUGUAAGGAUUAAAUAAGAAGACCUUUUAAUAAAUUAUAAUUUUGA